AACUCGUAUCUCUCCCUCUCUUUGUCUCUCGCUCUAGCCAUGCAUUUCUAUGUCCUCUCUGCAAUUCUUCUUUCCUCCUUCCUCUACAUUCUGAAACGAUGGCAUUCAAAGGAGAACAGGCGUCUGCCUCCUGGUUCCAUGGGAUGGCCCUAUAUAGGGGAGACCCUGAAGCUCUACUCGCAGGACCCAAACACCUUCUACGCCAGCAAGCAGAAGAAGUAUGGCGACAUAUUCAAGACCCACAUACUGGGCUGCCCAUGUGUGAUGAUCUCGAACCCGGAGGCGGCGAGGAUGGUGAUGGUGAGCCACGCCCACCUGUUCAAGCCCACCUUCCCUUCCAGCAAGGAGAGGAUGAUAGGGCCACAGGCUCUGUUCUUCCACCAGGGCGACUACCAUGUGAGGCUCAGGAAGUUGGUGCAGGCGUCCCUUCUUCCUCAAGCGAUAAGAGGUUGGGUAGGUGAAGUAGAGAGCCAAGCGGUGUCUCUCAUGGACGCUUGGAACGACGCCACCAUCAACACCUUCCAUGAAAUGAAAAAGCUAUCGUUCAAUGUGGCCAUGGUUGCGAUAUUUGGGCAGUGUGAAGAGGGAGAAGAAGCAGAGCGCGUGAGGUCCCUCUACAAGCGCCUGGAGAGCGGCUACAAUUCAAUGCCACUCGAUUUCCCUGGCACUUCAUUUCACAAAGCCAUCAAGGCGAGGAAGGAGCUGAGUGAGAUCCUGAGUAAGAAGAUAGACAAGAGGAGGAGGGAUAGAAAGGAGGAGAAGAGGCAAGAAAAGGAGGGAAUUCUGGGGACGCUGCUGGGUCUGGAGGGCGAGAAGCUUGCAGAGCUCGCCGACAACCAGAUUCUGGACAACAUCAUCGGUCUUCUGUUUGCUGCGCAGGACACCACCGCCAGUGUCCUCACUUGGAUACUCAAGUACCUCCACGACUACCCCGCUGUCCUCCACUCCCUCACGAGGGAACACGAAGCUAUCAGGCGAAACUUAGAGAGAGAAAAAAGAAGGUUGACGUGGGACGAUACCAUGAAGAUGCCCUUGACCAGCCGGGUGAUUCAAGAGACGAUGAGGAUGGCUAGCGUUCUAUCAUUCACAUUCAGAGAGGCAGUGGAGGAUGUGGAGCUCCAUGGAUAUCUUAUCCCCAAAGGUUGGAAGGUUCUUCCCCUGUUCAGAAGCAUCCAUCACAGUCCAGAUCACUUCUCAGACCCAGAAAAGUUUGAUCCUUCGAGAUUUGAGGUCCCACCCAAGCCAAACACAUUCUUGGGCUUUGGGAAUGGAAUACACUCUUGCCCAGGAAAUGAGCUGGCCAAACUUGAGAUGAGGAUCCUUCUCCACCACUUAACAUUGAGAUUCAGGUGGGAAACAGAAUGCAAGGAAGGUGGGAUUCAGUACGGGCCUUUCCCCGUCCCCAAACAAGGCCUCCCCAUUAGGGUCUUCCGCAAGGACCAACCUGAGGAGACGCAGCUCCUGCAUCCCAACCUGCCCUCCAAAUAACUACUGCUUUCCUCCAAACCCAACUAUCAUCAUCAUCUCUCUCAGUCUUCGUCUAUCUCUCACAGAGAAAUUAAACCCAAUCUUGAGGCAUUUUAACAUACCAAUAGUACUGUACUAACUAAUGGGCUUUGUUUCCUUCUUACCCAGUUGGGUUAUUGCCCUCCGUACUUGUUUCUUGUAGUUUCUGAUGAAAUGGUCCAUGGUCUUCUUCUUCA